GUUAAGUAAUAUGGUAUCUUCCCUUUUCAGUAGAAGUACUUAGUAAAGUAAUACAGUAUCUUUCAUCGAAGAAAACAAUUAAAGAAUUCUUUUUCUGGAAUCUUAGUCUACGUUGAUCUUUUACAACCGCUACGAAGGAAAAGCCACCGCAGAGCAAUUGAAUGCGUGACUUCUGUUCCAUUCCGAUUAUUUUCUAGUUUUUUGGAACGCUCACGCAUUCGAUGCUUGCAGAAAUUCCAAAACGGACCGAUUGGCUAAGUGAGAGCAUCGUAUCGGAAGUCUAUUGUUGAGGAUUGGUACAAUCCAUUGAAUUUCUGGCAUCGUGCUACUACUCCUAAAAAUAUUUUUCCGAUUUCCGGCAGUCUUGGGUGCCGAAAAGUAUGUCUUCUAGCUUUCCCAAUUCCCCUUCUCGUUUCUCCCAUGCCCCUAGUGCAGACGAUCCUCGUGGGAGACUAGGAGAAAGCGAAGGCGAAGCACAACAUCUGGGCGCCAGUGUGAGUACCAAAUACAGUGCUAGAAAUGACACCCGAUUGUCUCCCAAUACGAGUUUUGCGGAAGGAAUGGACCUGCGGUCGUCCUUUCUCGGAAGCCAGAAGUGCGAAGCGUACGCUAAAGCCGAGGAGGACGGGGAUGGUACCUGCACCUGCACGUAUACAGAUCUGACAUUCUCGCAAAGCAACACAUUCCACAGCUGUUCAACCCUGUCCAGCAGCGUGGACUUUCUAAGCAUCACCGGCAGCAGCACCCCGAAACCAGACCUCGAAGACCGUCGCUCUCCUCGGGGGCCAAGGCCUCCCACAAGACCUGGCGCAACCGAGGGUCCUCACAUCCGGACCAGCGUAUCGAUUUGCCAGGCUCUGUUGAACAGUCCGAGCAACCAGCGCUCGGCUCCUUCGAGCCAUCGCCAGGGAAGAAGAAAUUCUGCGCCAAGCAACUACAAGAGCAACGAUAUCUUCAGCAUCGACAGCACUGCGCCGUCGUCUUCUUCGCUGUACCCCACCAUCCCCGAAGGCGUAAUCGGCAUCACCGAAGACCACCAUUGGGAGGCUUACGGCUUUUUUCCACCCGACGAUCGGUUGCAACGAAGCCAGAGCGCAGACUGCAACGUCGCUCACUUCGAAACUGCAGGGGGAAUGUCCCAGUCCCCUCCGUUUACGGUCACUACAGCCGACGAAUGGGCUCCCCCAAACUCCCUUCCAACGGUGGCAUCGGAACUCAGCGCGUUUUACCAAGCGGCACUCGAAGAAGCCACCCUAACCGAAGAAGAGGAAGAAGAGCUGCUGAAGCGGCAACGAGAGCUGGUAGUGGAACAACCAGAGUUCCUCAAUCAGAUCGAGACUGCUGCCAAGGAAGAUUGCUGCACGCUGGGUGAAAGCACCGCAGCCUCCUCCAAAAACAACCCGAUCAGUCAGUUUUAUCGGGCCGCCCUCGAAGACAGUGCUCUGGACGAAGCAGAAGUCUUGUCGCUGCAGGGACAAAAUCGGGGCAAGGAUCAUGGUCAAGAAGAUGAAAGUGAUCUGGCUCCUGCUGGGAAUAGCUCAACACAGACAGAAGACACCGUGUCCGAUGACUCACCGGGUUCGUUUUAUCAAUCGGCAUUGGAAGAAGCCGCGUGCGCGGAACGCGAACUAGGCCUGGGAAGUUGGGGGCUUCCCCAAGACGAGAGCGAGGAUUGCAUCUUCGCGACAGAAACCCGGAGACCUUCUUCUCACGUUCUGGACCGGAGUUUUACAUCCUUCGGAGGUCAAAGUCUCGACAAUUCUCUAUCCCGGUCGGCCUUGCCUGCGAACAGGACUCUCGGGGUACGGUCGGCACGAGGGGAAACCGAAGGGCUCACGAAGCGUACCGAUGCACCUUUGUCCCCGAGAAAGGAGCCGGACAGCACCCCGGUUGCCAAACACAGCGAAGUGACCUACGAGUACCUAGACGACGAAAACGAUAGAGAUCUUCGCCUAGCCAUACAGUUGUCGAAGCUCGAAUCAUCAUCGAAAACGACCAAGGCGCCUUCGAAUCUAGAUGAAAAAUGGAGUUGCACCGCAGUGGAAGAGAGCCAAGCAGCACCUUUCGACACCGACGACGCCGGGGGCAUCGACGAGUCCGUGCGGAGCCAGCAAAAGGCCAUGGAGGAAUACGAGCAGAGCAGCACAAGCCUCGACGGCUGCCCCUACCAAAAGCCCGGUACCCCCCGCAGCUUUUCGGCUUCGGCCUUGCCGAGAGAGGACCACUCCGCGUCCUCUCCGUCUCUUUCCGGGGUUCGAAAGAGACAGCCGAGGAGGCCCAGCCUUUUGGAAACACGGGGGACGACGGAGACCAGGCACGCCAUCUCGAACAGUUCCUCGCGCAUAGUGAGGUGCAAGGGCUGCCAGCGACGGCUCCAGGCCCCCGUUCACUAUGCACUGGUCUUUUGUCCAAAAUGCCGAACCAUCUCUCCGGCGUAGACAAAGGGCUCGCAAACGAUCGACCAGGGGAAACACCGACCAGGGGACAUUCAAUGACUUUAUCCCGGUUGAUUUAGGGGACACUCAACUACUUUAUCUCGGUUGAUUAAGUGAUGGGAAACUGGUAAGUACAGAGCUACAGUAUUAUAAUAUAUGUAUGUUUUAGUUGAACACUCGUACACAACAGUACGUACGUAGUCUAUUUCAAAGGAAUACGUGUUUUCUUCCCAAAAAGAUCAGCCUCUGAUUUUUCGCCAACACCACCCACCGUGCCAUCGGACAGUUUCUGGGCUUCUUUCGGGAGAUCUUUGCUCAGCUUCCACAAACCGACCGCAACGUUGGAUUUGAAGAGAACCGGUGCAAGCAUGUCGGCGCACGCUAUCGAAUGGCCCACCCAGCUGGAAUCAACGACGUAUAUGGUUCGUGACGAAGCAGCUCGCAGAGCGUCCUCGACAACCUUGAGCAGGGGUUUGUGCACGGGAAGGCCUCGAUCUCCUGUUAAGAGAACAAACUUUUUGUGGGAUACCGAGGGUGACAUUGCCCUUCCAUCAGAAUCCGCGAGAGUCUCUAAUUCGGAUCUAGCGUUCCGGACCGUAGAGAUUACGUU